UAUUUUUGUUACAGAUAGUGCCAGCUUAAUUAAGUUGUAAAUAAGCUAUACAGUAAAAGAAAAGCCACACAGACAAAGUGCACAGGGGAAUGCACUUGACGGAACCAUCAAGUCCCCGAAUGGCCAAGAGUACGUCCCUAGGUGUGUUAGAAAAAGAUGGAGAUAUGUACAUUGUAGAUAAAGAUGAUAUUCUUGGUCUUACACAAGACGUCAAGAACUUCUCUGAUGGCUUGGGUAGAUUGAAAGAACUGUUCAAUGAACAAUUUGAUGGUGAAGAAGAUUUGAAGGUAUUGGCUCAUGAGAGAUUAGGAGAUGUGUUGUGUACACUGAAGUCUGUAUUACAGAGGUACCCACCCCUAAAUACCACAGAGCUUUUUUCAGCGGCAGGUGCUCUAAUUGGAAAAAUAAAAAAUUACAACUAUGAAGAACACAGUGUCGAGGCGAUGGAAGGGGCGUUCAAUGAUGCCAUUGAUCAACUGGCCCUUGAGUUCAGUAGCAGUGUGUCGGAAUACCUCAUGGGAGAUCUCCAACAUGGAAUUAUUGAAGAGUUGAAAACUAAGUCAUAUGACAAUCUGUUAUCUGUAUCACGAGAAUCUACAGACAAAGAUGAUACUGAAGAAGAAAGGGAGGAGCCAGUUGUGCGACUGACAGCCGAACAGAUAGAUGGCACAUUGAUGAAUCUGCAGGCAGGUCUCGAGCUGGCGUUCUCUAGAGCCAAAGCUUGGUCUAAGUACCUGAAAGAUGUCAUGUCUUAUAUUGAGAGGAGAGCUCAACUUGAGGUGGAAUACUCCAAGAAUUUAUCAAGACUUGCAGCGUCCGUAAAACCAGCUCUCACAGAGGAGGGUUUCUUACCUUUACAGUCGGUAUAUUGUACAGUUUUAUCUCAGGAUGUGGAGUAUGCCAAGACGUGCCAAGCAACUUUUACUUUAUUACAGACCACCAAGUUUGUUGAGCCUUUGACUGCAAGGAGAAAUGAGCAUGACAAGACAAGAAAACUGCUGAAGGAAACCUGGAACAAAGAAGUCAAGAAAAUGCAAGAAUCAGUGAACAACCUUAGAAAGGCACAGACAUUGUAUGUAACUAGGCAACAGGAAUAUGAAAAAGCCAAAGAGCUUUCCAUGAAAACUGAGUCUGAUGUUCUGAGUCACAGUAGCAGUUCGAGUAAUCUGUCAGCAAAAAUAGACAAGAAAAAGAGAGCUGAAGAUGAUGCUAGUCAUAAGGCAGCUGAGGCUGAAACAACCUAUAAAGCUUGUGUAGCCGAGGCAAAUAAUAGACAAGCUGAUUUACAGAAGAUCAAAACUGAACAUCUAGCUGCCAUACGAGAUCAAAUAUUGCUUUCUGAUCAAGUCAUUAAAAAGGUGACGAUAGAUUAUUUCCAGUUGUUACAAACUGUAUCUGCACCUGUACCUGUUCAGUACCAUACUCUAUGUGAGGCCAGUAAACGUUAUGAAGCUGGGAGCCAGUAUGGGGAGUUUGUACGCCGGCUACCAAUGUCUACCACAUCACACAUUCAAUAUGAAGAGUUUAAAUUUGAGCCUUAUAGUGCUAAAGGUGAUGUUGGUAACAGGAAAGUGAGUACACAGUCUAAUGAGUCAGAACCAUCAGAUCAUCAGUCAGGAGAAUCCUCUCCCAAUCUUAGUUCACCUAGGAGACAAGAUAAAUACAGGGUACCAGUGAGAGGGGCAUGGACCCCACAGGGUGUCGUACCCAACAGUGACACAGACAGCCAGAGUGGUAGUAGCAAGUCGUUGGAUUCGAGCCCCAGUAAUAGCCCUUAUCCAGCAGGUCAUAAGAAAAUGGUGCUAUCAGGGUCAAUGGAUGACCUUAUUGAGGAUAAUGUUUCCCCAGGUGUUAAACAACUGCUAGCUGUGCCAGGAACCGAUCAAGUUGAUGUGCAGUCAAUAGUCAAGCGUCAUGGUAGGAGAAGAAAUACAACAUUUGGUGUAGAUUUCCAGGAGCAAGUAGAACACUACCAUUCAGCCAUACCACCGAUCAUAUCUAAAUGUCUGAAAGAAGUUGAGAAACGAGGAAUUACUGUGAAGGGAAUAUACAGAGUGUCUGGUGUUAAAAGCACUGUAGAGAAUCUGUGUCAGAAGUUUGAGAGUGACCCUGAAUCAGUGAACUUGGAUGCCGAAAACCCUAAUGUGAUUUCAAAUGUGCUUAAACUGUACCUGAGACAGUUACCUGAACCACUUCUUACAUUUAAACUCUACCAGAGCUUUGUGCAAGUGGCUAAGGAGAAUAUGUCAGGUGGGACAGACAAGGAACAUACUGUAGAGAGACUACAUGAUCUGAUUGAUAAACUGCCCUUCUCUAACAGGAAAACUUGUGGUGUACUCAUGCAUCAUCUACAAAGAGUGGCCUCAUAUGCAGAACAAAAUCAGAUGAAUGCAAGCAAUCUUGGAAUUGUAUUUGGACCAACAUUACUGAGACCACAGGGAGGUAAUGCAUCAUUGGCGUGUUUAGUGGACACUCCUCAUCAGACCAGAGUUGUUGAACUUUUAAUAGUUCAUGCAGAAAGUUUGUUUGGGCCAAGAGAAGACCAUCAGCUUAUUCACGGGGAGACUCUUGUAGAACCUAUGGAGAAAAGAAACAUCCUUCAAGUACCACAGCCUGCCACCAUAGAGUUGUCACAAUCAGACACUGCCAUGAGAUCUGAACCAAAGAAAGAAACCUUGCCAAGUGCUACAAUUUCACUAUCGCCACGGGAACAGCUGAUACCUCCACGAUCACCUGCAGCUUUACGUGACGUGUCUCCAACAAAGAAACAAGGAGAAGAAAUAAUCUUACCUGGCUCGACCAAUUUUGAUAAGAAAGAUUCUUCAAGUAGUCGAGCGAACUCUGACGGAUCUCGAGGUGGAGCUGUAAGAAAAAAGGCGGGGAAUCAUCAUUUCAUGACUCCACCUCUCACCACACGACAUAAGACAGUGUCACUUAGAUCGCCAGCCAGUUCACCAAAUCUCUCCAUUAGAUCUGCCAUCUCUUCCCCGCCUACAAUAAAGAUUGAAGACUCCGUCCUUGAAUUUACCGACAGUGCCUCAGAUACAGAUAUACCCACUAGCGAAUCUGAUCUAAGUCCAUCAGCCAAUCAACAUAGAGUGUUCCAACUUCCUCCUAUUAAUAGUUGGGUACCAAAAGGAGAAAGUAUGUUCACUAGCAUUUUAGACUCAAGGUCCCCACAAGUUUAUAGAAGAACCACCCAAACUAGCAAAACCUCUUCAUAUCCACCAUCCCCUCAAAAUGGUAUACAGGGUUCUAGGGUAUCAUGGCCCCAGGCCUCGCAGCAUGCAGAACUUGAUACUAAUGUCUCAGAUACUGCAUCUGUUGAUAGUUCAAAAUCUAGUCAGGUCGCAAAAUCUCCUAAACUUCUAACAAAAUGUACAAGUUUUGAUCUUGAAAGGUCUAAACCUUUUCCUCAAAGGUCCAGUAUGACUUCCCCAAUGCUCCGCAGAAAACAUUUAUGCAUCGAAGAAUCUGAUACUGCCCCUAAUACUUUAGACCAAAAUAACAAAGAGUUAUCGAGAAAUUUAGACAGUGAAAAAGCCAAGGUUAAUGCUGAAAAGAAUAUCAUAGAAGAUGGUGUACAUGAAAAAGCUAGAAAAACUGAAGCCUUAACAGUUCCAAUAUGUGAGAGUGUAGCAACUACAAGUCAUACUCCAACCAGCAUUGAAAGCAUUGCUGGUGACAAUGCAGUGAAGUACUUGGUUAUGAGUUCAGCAGAUGGAUUUGAUGCAUCAAAAAUAAAUGAGUCCCUAGAAGACCCAACAAUACCUGAGACAGAUAUUCUUGAUGAUGUUUAUCAUGAAACUACAACUCUAGAAACACAAGAUAUUGCUGUGAAAGAUCAGUCAGUAAAAACUAAAACUGGCAAAAAAUCAAAAGGAAACAUUUUCUCUCCUGAUAAAGAGAAAGGUGCAAAGUUGAAAAAGUCUAAAAGUGGUGAAAUAAAUGGACAUUUGGAAGUUAAGAGCUCUCCAAAGUCAGACAAAGUUUCUAAAAGUUCUAAGGAAAAAUCAAAACAACCCACUGGUGAGAGUAGUUCUAGAGAAAAAAGUAAAAUAUCUUUAAAAGAAAGUGCUUCAGAAAAGUCGAGAUCAAGAACUCCAGCAGCCACUGUACGAUCUGCUUUGCUAACGUCUGCUGCCAAAUUGAAAUCAAUAGGGAGGAAAAGUCCCGUGACCUUACUAAGCUACAAGUCUCAUUCAAUUAGUAUUCCAGACCACAGUAGAAAAGCAUACAGACCAAACUCUGCAUCAGAAGCCGAUCCUUCAUCAGGGUCCAAACCAUCAAAGAUACAUCAGACUGAAUCAAGUCCUACAAUUCUUGUUACAUCACAUGAGAUUAAACCUGUUGCAGAAGAGGAGUGUAAAGAAAUCUUAAGAAAAGUGAGAUCAGUGACACCCCCUGUAAAUAAAUCGUCUUCAAGCAAAAGACAAUUAGGUCAGACUUCAGGUGGACUUCCUACAGUGUCUCCUGUGCAAGGUUUAAGGAAAUCUUCAGCACUUAAAGUUAAAGAACAGUCAGUGAUAAAAACAAAGACCUCUCCAGUAUCGAAUACUAAAGAUGAAAAAUUAAAGAAAGAGAAAUCAACACCAUCAGUUGUGAAGUCAGCUGUAAGUAAGCAAGUGAAGGGUUCAUCGUCCCAACUAAGUCCAACUGAAAAACAAAGGAAAAUUGAGAAAACAAGUAUGACUAGUCAUGCUUCUAAGGGACCUAGAUCAUCAACAGAUUCAUCUGUGUCAGUGAGUGGUAGAAAAGUGAGCAAACAGGAUUUGUCUGCAUCAAAAGAGGAUAAGAUCAAGGUCAAACAUGGCACUAAAAGGGGCAGUAUCAGCUCGGUGAAUUCUGAUACUUCCAAACAUACGGACCAUUUCCGUGACUGCUGUCAUGGAAGAAAGAAAACUGAAAAGAAAUAGAAACAUGAUGUGUCAAUGACCUGUUAAUUCGGAAGAGUUUUUCUGAACAUAUACUUUCAUUUGAAACUAGUUGCUCAUAAAUAUCAUUUAAUGUUCAUAUAUAGGGUAUGAUUUCGAACUCAGACCUGGAGCUUCAAGCUGAUUACACUCCCAACCUCUCAAGCCCAAUUUAAACCACUUGCCCAAUCUUUCUCCAUAAUGCUGUAUGACAAAGUCAAUGGUAAACAAACAUUUCCUUAAAGUGAAUAAUUAAUUCAAUAGUCCCUUUAAUGUGAAUAGAACAAACAGUGUGGGACCUUGAAGUCUGUUUUACAAUUUGAGAUAUUUAAGAUGUGAUUUUAGUGUGAAACAACAUAUAGAAGAUUUGUUUAUUAUAAGCCAAAUCAUUCAUUUUUUGUAGGAGAAGAAAGUUUUGUAUUCCUUUAUGUUAAAAACUCUAAUGACACUCAUGUAUUUUGACAAUAGAGUUUUAAACAGUUUAUAAUCCUACGGAUUUAUACAUCUUUGUUCGGUUCAACAUUUUCAGUGCCUUAGUUCAUGUAAAUAAUGAUAGUAAUCUUAAUGUACUUGUAUCUAAUAUUAUGUACACUCAUAGUUUUGUUAUUGAUUUUUUUUAAAUAUUUUUUUAAUUGUAUAAUUAUUAUACAUCUUAUAUGUGUAAGUAGCAUUUAUGAACUUGAAAAAGUGCAAUAUUUUUGUUGGUGAUGUAUUUAUUAAUAUGUUUGGGUGCAUUCAUUCUAUGUUUAUAUUUGUUAAGAAAUUUGUAGUGUCAUACAAGGUGUCUUUGCUCCCUAUCCUACAAAACAUUUAUUAUCUGGGGGGAAAAAAACCCCAACAUUUUAAGGGUUUUGCAAAAAAUGAGAUAAAAUUUGAAAAAGUUGACACUACACUACAAAACAUCAUCGUGGUAAAUUACCUUUACAUUGUUACAGUAGUUUUUUUAUGUACAUAGUAUUUCAUAGGGAGAAAACCAAGUUUUACUUUGUUGCAUUUAAUGACAGAAACUUUCAUAGUUAAAGACAUUAAAACAUUGUUGAAUCAAAAAUGUGUAUAAAUCUAGAUGUAACAUGUUUUAUAAAACUUUUGCAUACAGCCAAUAUGGGCAGAACAUAUUUUAUUGAUUUUUUUUUUGCAUAUAGUAAAUAGUUAAAAAUAUGGAUAGAAUAUGUUUUAUUAAUUUUUAAAAAAUUUUUUUUUUGCAUUUAAAUAUGGAUUGAACAUGUUUUUUGUUAGUUUUAUUUUAUAUUUCUUGGUGUUUUUGCUUGAAGCAAAUUUGUUAAAAUCUGGUCGAAACAUGUUUUAUUGAAUUUUGCUUACAUUAAAAAAAAAAAACGAAUGAUGUUUUAGUAUACUUAAAUAACUUUACUUAUAACAAACCAAUAAACUGAUAAUAAUCAUGAUAUUGUAGACUAGGUAUUUUCAAAAUUUGAUAUUAUUGUAUAUUAGGAUAGAAAUACAUGUGGUGUCAAUUUGUCUUCUGUUUUCUCUCUCAUUAAGACAAAUAAAAGUUAAAAAAAAACUACUUCUAUAGAUUUUUAAAGGGACAGACUUCAUUGAACUUUGUCCUUUAAAAUUUUCAGAUUUCUUGGCUAUACGCAUGAAAUUUUGAUAAGGCUUUUUUGUUAAAUUUGAUUUUAUUAUAGCUUGUAUACAUUACAUGUACUCUCAAUUUGUUCUGUAGAGGGUUCUGUAUUUUUCAGUUAUUGUUAUAAUUGUAUAUGCCUGAAGACCAGCAUUUAGUUACUAUUGGUAACUGUAAGUUUCUAAAGUGCAAAACUGUUCAGUCUUUAAAUUAUAUUAUUACCUGAUACCUUAUAUAAAUGUAAUUUGUUAUUAUUUACUGUUUUCUGAAAUUCUAAAAACGUCCACGUUCGCGAACUGUUGACCGGUCAAUAGUUUCUACUGUUUCCCUCGCGUGCUCUGACAUCAUAAAGGAUUCCCACUUGAAGCGUCCAUCGAUCUUGAUCAUGAACCAGACGUGACAAAAUAUUAAGUUUAAGUAUUAACAUAUGUGCACUUGAACUAUUUUCUUGUUCCUUUUUUCUUCUGUAAGUACUAUUAAAACAGUAGUUGAUCAGGUAAUAAAACAGUUAUUUCAUACGUGAUUUGGGAACAGUCAAACAGUUGUCCCUCGGUGUCGGGGAUAGUGUUUUGAACUGUUGCCUACGGCCUUGGGCAACAGUUCAAAACACUACCCCCUCCACCUUGGGCCAAUAGUUUGACUGUUCCCAAAUCACAUAUUAAAUAACUGUAUACUGAGAUUUGUGAGCAGAAAUAUGUCAACAGUUUAGAACCUUGUCCAGCCAGUCUGCACAUCAAUGCAGUUUGUCUAGGCUGUACACUGUUUGCAGCUUAAUCAUGGCAUUUUGAUGUCAAAAUCCCUAUCUGAAAUAUUGGAUAGCUCCAAAUUCAAACCAAAAUAAUGUACAUUACACAAAUUCAGUGCAGUGCUUCAGGGUAAUAGACUUCCUAUUUUGUGUGCAUCAUGUUAUUUCAGUUUUGCACUUAGAGGAUUAAAUUCAAGUAAUAAGUUCAUCUCUUAUUCUUUUAUGCGUUAUGUUACUACAGUUUUGCACUAAUAAGAUGAAAUUCAAGUGAUAAGUUCAUCAUAACUAAAGUGAUUUAUGUGUUUGUUAUUCGUUUGCAUUGUCUGUGGUUGUAACAUUUUAUGAUAUUAUUCAUUUUGAGUAUAUAGUUUAGUGCCAGUGUUGUGAAAUCAAUUUCUUACGUCAAACCAGUAGCUAGUCACUGUUACAGUAAUUUAUUAACAUUUUUUUUGUAGAUUAUUUACAAGAUAUGAAAGGUUGUUGAAUGUGUUUUUGUUUCCUUUUUGAAAAUAAUAAGCUUUAAUUUUUAUAGUGUGUAACUUUUUUAAGCCUCUGAAAAUAUAUAAUGUAUUUUUUUUAUGGGAGCAUAAUUAUACAAUUGUAGUUUUGUUUGUUCUUAAGUCAUACCUUGCAUUUCUCAUGUAUUGCCUUCUUUUGUUAACCACUACUCAGAUGUUUGGUAUAAAACAUACUUUAACAUUGACCAUAAGGUAAAUGGGGGUCAAGGUCACUUAGACGAUUGUUAGAUUGAUUUGAUUUGGUAUCUCAAGAGGGUGAGAAGAUUUUAUAUACUUUUACAAGGGCUUUAAAGUUGUGGGUGAAACAUUAAUUGAAAGAAUGUCACAUCUAAGGGAGAUUGUCAGUUAAACUAUGCCUAUGCUACAUAAACUGUUAGUAUAACAUUGACAGAUACAAUGUACACUGCAUUGGAAAGAAAAUCCCUAUUGCAUGACUAGUAUAAUUAAAAAUGACUUUGCCUAUGGACUAGCAAGAUCCACUAUUUCCAACUACAGGAUACUUGUAUUUAUAAUUAACCAAUCAGAUCACUCUUCAUCAAUAUGCCAAAACUCAGUAAUAAUUAGAAAUGUUUUUCAGGGGGAAUUAAGUUUUCAUGAUUUGAUUUUUUUUUAUUGAAGUGAUUUGAAUUAAUUUUUGCUUUUUUGAAAUUAAUAAUAAGUUUUGUAUGGAGUGGCUUAAGGAUUUGGCUUUUUGAUUAAUUACCAGUAAAUGAUGCCCAUGCUUUGUCUUGUUUUAUGGAAGUGAAAAUGAUAUGACUGCACUCAGUAUAGAGCCAGGCCAGCCUGGACUUCCUAGCCGUAUUGCCAGGCUUUAUACUGUUGGCUGGCUCAUCUAACUAUCCCCAAAAUUGUGAAUGGACUGUUUCAAAUUCAAUGCAGGAUGAGUUCAUUAUAUAAAUUUAGCAUGAUAAAUUGAAGGUAGGAUUUAAGUUUAUGUUCCUUCAGUGUGAAGUUUGAAUGAAUGCUUUUCACAGCUGAAACCAAGUGUUUGGGGACCUUAUAGAAAAAAAUUUCAAUCAAAGUAAUCAAUUACCAAAAAAAAAAAAAAAAAAUCUAAUUAUCUGUUAAAUGUAUAAGGCAAGAUGAUAAGAUCUAGGUGGAUUAUACAGUGAAUUAUAUUGAGUAUAUUUAAGUUCUAAAGACACAAAAUUUCAUUGUUUCAAAAUGGAUUUUUACUAUGUUCAUCUGGAAAUCUGACAGGUCUAAAGUAUCUUUGACAUUGGCUGUUGAUUGGUUGAACCCCUUGCCAAACUAGAACCGGAUGUCUGAUAUCACCAGUCUCUAAACUGUCGGAUAACUUUAAAUUUUUGUAUUCAUUGCCCCAACAUAGUUACUUGACAGUUCCAAAAAAAUGAAUGUUUUCAAGUCCAUUUAAAUUCUAACAUCGGCCAAUAUCGUAGCAAAUUGGUUAUUUUCGGAACGUUAUUUUCUUCAAAAUCUUUUACAAUCAUGCACUCCUCCUUUAUUGUUAUGUACCAAAGUCUUGUUAUAAACGGUCAAAAAUAAUUGAAUACAGGAGAUUGUGAAAAAUAACGUUUCCGGAAAUGAUUUAUUACGAAAUUGGCUGAAUUUUUAUUUUUUUGGGCGGGAAAGCAUUGUAGUAAGACUACCUUAAGAAAUUCAGAAGGUAAAGGGUUGUUGUAUAAACCCGAAACAUUGGUACUGUUGAUAGGCUUAUUGUUUAAAAGCUGAAAUAAUUGUGCUGUUGUCAUGGAAAUGGUGUGAUUGAGUUGUGAUAGUUAUUUAUAUAUAUCUGUAGACAUUUUAUGUUAGUGCCUUUAUGUUACCUCUAUAUGUUAUACAUUUUCUUUUUAUUACAUGAUUAUCAUGUUCAAUAUUUUUGCUAUUUAAAAUGUACUACCCUUACAUAACUUUAGACAAUAAAAAAUGUAAUUAUUAAA